AUGCCUGAGCCGCCGUAUCCCCUGCACCCGUCGGUCCUCGACCGCAUCAACCCCGAGUACAAAGACUUUUACAACAAAUUCGUCUUUGACAAGCAGGUCGUGCAUCACCAGCCCAUUUCGGCGUCCAGGGCCAGCGGCACUCUCAUCCCCGGCGCCGGACCAAAGCUCGAGUUCGCGAGCUCCCAGGACUUUCACAUCCCACGGAAAGAAACGACCGGGCCCGAUAUCCUGGUUCGUGCGUUCACGCCUUUGGGGGAGAAGCCUGAGAAGGGAUGGCCGCUGUGCAUCUGGUUCCACGGAGGCGGCUGGGUGUUGGGAAACAUUGACACCGAGAAUGUCAUCGCUACGAAUUUGACCAACCGCGCGAAGUGCGUUACGAUCUGCGUGGACUACCGACUGGCCCCAGAAGACCCCUUCCCCGCCGCAGUCGACGACUGCUGGGAAUCCCUCCUCUGGGCCAUCUCCGCCGGCGCCUCCAAACUCAGCCUCGACACCUCCCGCAUCGCCCUCAGCGGCUCCUCCGCCGGCGGCAACCUCACCACCGUCCUGUGCCAGCGCGCCGCCACGCGCAGCGACAUCCCCAAGAUCGCAGUUCAGCUGCUUUCCGUGCCAGUCGCCGACAACACCGCCGCCGUCGAGUCCGCCGCGCCGGAGCACGCCUCCUGGCGCGAGAACGAGUUCACGCCCGCGCUGCCGGCCGAGAAGAUGCUGUGGUACCGCUACCACUACCUGCCGCGGCGCGAUGACUGGGCGCACCCGGAGGCGAGCCCGUUGCUGUGGCAGGGGGAUUGGUCGAAGUUGCCGCCGGCGAGCAUUGUGGUGGGCGAGCUUGAUGUGUUGCGGAGCGAGGGCGAGGCGCUGGGGAAGAAGCUGGCGGACGCGGGGGUGGCGGUAGAUUUGCAUGUUAUGAAGGGGCAGCCGCAUCCGUUCAUUGCGAUGGACGAGGCGUUGGAAGAUGGGAGGAGGGCGGUUACGUUGUUUGUGGAGAAGUUGGUUGAGUUGCUAUAA